AUGCUACUCAAGCAUAAAGUACAUCGUCUACAGGUGAUUGAUCCUGCCAGUGAGAAUCCUUUACAUAUAUUGACGCAUAAACGUGUUCUUAAGUAUCUACAUAUUCAUAUAUCUGAGUUACCAACGCCUUCUUUUAUGGUGAAAAAGCUACGUGAUUUAAAUCCUGGUACAAUGAAAAAUGUUUGCAUUGUUCAGCAGAACUGUCCAGUGCAUAAGGCGCUACAGCAUUUUAUUGAUCGUGGAGUUUCAGCCCUGCCUCUCGUCGACCAAGACGGACAAGUAGUGGAUAUCUAUGCAAAAUUUGACGUCAUUAAUUCGGCAGCUACGAGGACAUAUCAAAACCUAGACAUUACAGUAUAUGAAGCUUCAAAUUAUCGACAUGGAAAAUUCCAAGGUGUUGCCAGAUGCCAAAUGGAUCAUACUUUGGAAAUGAUUGUGAAUAAAAUUGUUGAUGCUGGGGUACAUCGUCUUGUAGUAGUUGCUGAAAAUAAAGUAUUAGGCAUUGUUUCAUUAUUUGAUAUUUUACGAUUUUUAAUCGCUGAACCAACAGUAGUCAACAAGGCGGCGAAAUCAGCUUUAAUACCGUGA